UAGGUCGGUGUUCGAGUGUGUCGCGAACCUCGACUACCUGGGCCCGGCAGUGUAAACCUGAAUUCAAAUCCGUCUCUCUUCUGCUGCGCGUUGCAUUGAGAAUCAACUGCCGAGUUCCCAGUUCGCGCUCAUAUGCUGUUGGGGGCCGCAGUGAGAGGCGAUUGUCCCGCAAGCUGCGAAACUUUCUUGCAACCCCAUGACAACUUCGUUUGGCGAGCCCAAACCGUCUGUCAUCUGGUUGGAGCCGCCAGCGCAGACUCCAACGUCAAGCAGUCGGGCGGUAGUAUAUCGCCUCGCCUUGCGCAGCUCCGGAACCGCGAGCAAGGCGAGCAUUUCCUGGAGAGCCCACAAAGAAGCAGGUACCAGGAAGCACUUCAUCUCAUCCACCGGGGUUCUCCCGCCAGGACCAAAUUCCCCGUCCCUAUUCCAGCCCAGCAGUCCCAAACCUGACUAUGCCAGCAGCUGGCAGACACAAUAUCACCACGCACAUACCACUAUACACGGGCAAGAUACCUGAAGCUUUACGAAUGCAACCCGGCUCCCGAUCCACCCACCCACCCACCUGCCAACAGGUGCGCCAGGCCAGGCCGCAUUACGUGACGCGGACCAGC